AUGCAUAGAUCGGAAUGGGGUGAGUUUUCAAACUUUAUCGAUAGGUGUGGUUUGAUUGACGUUCCUUGUAAAGGAAAAAAAUUUAGUUGGUUUAGUGAGGAUGGAAAAACAAAAAAUAGGUUGGAUCGUUUUCUUGUAGAUGGUAACAUUAUUUCUUCUUGGGGAGUGGUGGGGCAACUUAUUGGGAAAAGGGAUGUGCCGGACCAUUGCCCUAUGUGGUUGGUUGUUGAUAAGGAGGAUUGGGGCCCUAAACCGUUCAAGUUUGAUAAUGAAUGGUUCAAUAAUAAAGAGUUUUUGCAUUUUGUUGAGUUUGAAUGGAAGGCGAUCAUUGUUCGAGGGAGAGGAGAUUUUAUCCUAAAGGAGAAAUUUCGUAUCAUUAAGGAUAAGCUUAGAUGGUGGAACAUCACGGUGUUUGGCAAGUUCGAUUUGGAAGUAGAGGAAGGGGUUCGAGAGUUGAACGAGGCGGAUGAUUGUGAUGUUUUGGAUGAUGAGAUUCAAGCCAUUAAAAAAAAUGCUAGUAGUAGAUUUUGGUUGAAUCUUCGAAUCAAAGAGAAUAUGCUUAUCCAAAAAUCAAGAUUAAAGUGGCUUAAUGAUGGAGAUUUUGGUUGUUUAACGCUUUGUCUACGGAGGAUAGUGCUUCUCUUGAGUUACCCUUCUCCGAGGAGGAAGUUAAGGAGGUGGUGUGGAGUUGUGAUGGUUCGAAAAGUCCGGGACCGGAUGGAUUUUCUCUUCUUUUUGUCAAGAAGUGUUGGUAUUUUGUAA